AGAGCCUCGGCAGAACAAGGAUGUGUACUAUACACUGCCAGCUUGUGGGGAAUACCGCGACGCAACUCGAGCUCUCGCCGGAGGAAUGUAUGUACUUAAGACGGCAACAGCCUUCCGAACCACCUUUCUACGUCCUACCUCUGCUGCUGCUACUUCAAAACAAACCCCCCUCCCCUCUCUUCCUCUAUAUACUCCCUCCCCGUGACGUAAACUCCUCUCAUCAUCCCCCAUUCACAUCCACAACAACCGCCAUCACCACCGCAACUGUAAAUACAUCACUAAGAUGCCUCUUAGAACUGCUCUCACCGAAGCCUUGGGAAUAGCCAUCCCCGUCGUGCAAGGCGGAAUGCAAUGGGUUGGGUACGCCGAGCUAGCCUCCGCCGUAUCAAACGCGGGCGGUCUCGGUCUUCUCACGGCUUUGACGCAGCCCACCCCGGAGGCGCUGCGUUUGGAGAUCCAGCGGACGCGGACGAUGACCACGAAGCCGUUUGGGGUGAACAUUACCCUGCUUCCCGCAAUCGUGCCGCCGGACUACGACGCCUACGCGCAGGUGAUCAUUGACGAAGGGAUCACGAUCGUGGAGACGGCGGGGAACAACCCGGGCCCCAUCAUCCGCAAGUUCAAGGCUGCAAACUGCCUCAUCCUCCACAAGUGCACGACCGUGAGACACGCGCUGUCUGCGCAGAAGCUGGGGGUGGACUUUUUGAGCAUCGAUGGUGUCGAGUGUGCUGGACAUGUCGGCGAACAUGAUAUUCCGAAUGGUGUCCUGCUGCGCAGGGCCGCUCAGGAGUUGAAGAUCCCGUUUAUUGCCUCUGGAGGCUUCGCCGAUGGGCAGGGACUUGCCAGCGCCAUGGCGCUGGGCGCCUGCGGAAUCAAUAUGGGAACGAGGUUCUUGUGCACUGUUGAGGCGCCCGUCCACAUCAACGUGAAGAAGGCGAUCGUUGCCGCCACCGAAGACGACACGGAGCUUGUCCUGCGGCGCUGGAAGAACACCACUCGUCUAUUCAAGAACAAGCCCGCGGUCGAGGCGAAGCGCAUCGAGACCACCAGCACCACCGGCGAGUUCUCCGAGGUUCAGCCCUACGUUAGCGGCAAGCGCGGUAGGGAGGUCUUCAUCACUGGUGAUAUUGACUACGGUGUCUGGACUGCCGGUACCGUCAUGGGCCUGAUCCACGACAUUCCCACCUGCGCCGAGCUCCUGUCCCGCAUCGAGAAGGAGGCCGAGGACACCAUCACGAGGCAUUUCGGAACAAUCGUCCCGACCGCUAAGUUGUGAAAUAUUAUAGACACGCGUUUGGAAAGACGGUAAAACGGGCGUUGGUCGUUUGAUUGAGGGAUACCCUUGUGAGAAGGUUUUUGUCUUUCUCUCUCUUUGUUUUUUUUAUUACGGCCGUUGAUUGAGGGAUGCCCUUGUGAGAAGGCUUUUGUCUUUCUCUCUCUUUUUUUUUUUUGUCACGGCCGUUUUUAUUGUUGUUUAUUGUACAUUAGUUAUUACACGACCCGCGGCAAGGAGACCUUUGGCUCCGAAUUUUGAUAUGUAUUACAUAGAGUAUCCAACU